AUGAAAGGAGAAAGCCCUGCAAAGCUCACAGAUGACUGCCUCAGACUUUCCCGUAUUCCCCUGAACCGGAGCUGUGCUCGCACAGCAGUGUCUGUUUUGCUUUCUUACAGAUUCAAGACCGGUCAGAUCAACGGAGAUUUGUUGAUAUACCACGUCCUGCUAACUCUGAAGCCAUACUAUGCAAAGCCAUACGAAAUUGUAGUGGACCUCACACACGCUGGCCCCAGUAAUCGCUUUAAAACAGACUUUCUUUCUAAAUGGUUUGUAGUUUUUCCAGGCUUUGCUUAUGAAAAUGUCUCGGCAGUUUUUAUUUAUAACUGUAACUCUUGGGUCAGAGAAUACACCAAAUACCAUGAAAGGCUCUUGACAGGUUUGAAAGGAAGCAAAAGGCUUAUUUUCAUAGACUCUCCAGGGAAACUGGCAGAGCACAUCGAGCACGACCAGCAGAAACUCCCAGCAGCUACCUUGGCUUUGGAGGAGGACUUGAAAGUGUUCCACAAUGCUCUCAAACUGGCUCAUAAGGACACCAAAGUUUCUAUUAAAGUAAGUUGGGUCGACAGCGGGACGGUUCAGGUGACAUCAGCAGAACGAACAAGAGUCCUGGGACAAACGGUGUUUUUAAAUGACAUAUACUACGCCUCUGAAAUCGAGGAAAUAUGCCUCGUUGAUGAGAACCAGUUUACCUUAACCAUUGCCAACCAAGGCACGCCGCUCACCUUCAUGCACCAGGAGUGUGAAGCCAUCGUUCGGUCCAUCAUUCAUAUCCGGACGCGGUGGGAGCUGUCGCAGCCAGACUCUAUCCCCCAGCACACCAAAAUCCGUCCCAAGGACGUCCCUGGAACGCUGCUGAACAUCGCGCUGCUCAACCUGGGAAGCUCAGACCCCAGCCUGCGGUCUGCUGCCUAUAAUCUUCUCUGUGCCUUAACCUGUACCUUUAAUUUAAAGAUUGAAGGCCAGUUACUGGAAACUUCAGGUCUCUGUAUUCCUGCCAACAACACGCUCUUUAUUGUAUCUAUUAGUAAGACUCUUGCAGCUAACGAACCCCACCUUACCUUAGAGUUCUUGGAAGAGUGUAUUUCUGGAUUUAGCAAAUCUAGUAUUGAACUGAAACAUCUUUGUCUGGAGUAUAUGACUCCCUGGCUGUCCAAUCUCGUCCGGUUCUGUAAACACAAUGAUGAUGCCAAGCGCCAGCGAGUCACUGCUAUUCUUGAUAAGCUGAUAACAAUGACAAUAAAUGAAAAGCAGAUGUAUCCUUCCAUUCAAGCUAAGAUAUGGGGAAGUCUUGGACAGAUAACAGACCUCCUUGAUGUUGUGCUGGAUAGUUUCAUCAAAACUAGUGCCACAGGGGGCUUAGGGUCCAUAAAAGCUGAGGUUAUGGCAGACACAGCGGUAGCGCUCGCCUCUGGAAAUGUCAAAUUGGUUUCAAGCAAAGUGAUCGGAAGGAUGUGUAAAAUCAUCGACAAGACUUGUCUGUCUCCAACUCCUACGCUGGAGCAGCACCUGAUGUGGGACGAUAUCGCCAUUCUGGCACGUUACAUGCUCAUGCUCUCCUUUAACAACUCUCUGGACGUGGCAGCGCAUCUCCCCUACCUCUUCCAUGUGGUCACUUUACUGGUGGCCACUGGUCCCCUUUCUCUCAGAGCUUCCACUCAUGGCCUCGUCAUCAACAUCAUUCAUUCCCUUUGCACUUGUUCACAGCUUCACUUCAGUGAGGAGACCAAGCAAGUUUUAAGGCUGAGCUUGACUGAGUUCUCUCUGCCCAAAUUUUAUUUGCUGUUUGGAAUCAGCAAAGUGAAAUCAGCCGCAGUCAUAGCGUUCCGGUCCAGCUAUCGAGACAGGUCGUUCUCACCCGGCUCCUACGAAAGGGAGACUUUUGCGCUGACUUCCCUGGAAACUGUUACGGAAGCUCUGCUGGAGAUCAUGGAGGCUUGUAUGAGGGAUAUCCCAACGUGCAAGUGGCUGGACCAGUGGACAGAGCUCGCUCAGAAGUUUGCAUUCCAGUAUAACCCGUCCCUGCAGCCCAGAGCACUUGUUGUCUUCGGCUGUAUCAGCAAACGUGUCUCUCACGGACAGAUAAAACAAAUAAUCCGAAUCCUAAGCAAGGGACUGGAGAGCUGUUUAAAAGGCCCCGAUAAUUACAACAGCCAGGUUCUAAUAGAAGCUACAGUUAUAGCUCUCACCAAGCUGCAGCCUCUCCUUAAUAAGGAUUCCCCUAUGCACAAGGCUCUCUUCUGGGUGGCCAUGGCAGUCCUGCAGCUCGAUGAAGUAAACUUGUACUCAGCAGGUACAGCUCUGCUUGAACAGAACCUGCACACCUUGGAUAGCCUUCGAGUGUUCAACGACAAGAGCCCAGAAGAGGUGUUCAUGGAGAUCAGGAGACCACUCGAAUGGCACUGCAAGCAGAUGGAUCAUUUUGUUGGGCUCAAUUUCAACUCCAACUUUAACUUUGCACUAGUGGGACACCUCCUGAAAGGGUACAGGCAUCCUUCUCCUACCACUGUAGCAAGAACAGUGAGGAUUUUACACACGCUGCUGGCGCUGGUUAACAAGCACAGGAACUGUGACAAGUUUGAGGUGAACACCCAGAGCGUGGCUUACCUAGCAGCUUUGCUGACAGUAUCUGAGGAAGUUCGAAGUCGCUGCAGCCUAAAACAUAGGAAGUCUCUCUUGUUGACAGAUGUUUCAAUGGAAAAUGUUCCUAUGGAUACAUAUCCCAUACAUCACAGUGACACUAACUAUAGGACACUAAAGGAAAAUCAACCGUGGUCAUCACCAAAGGGGUCAGACAGACAUCUGGCUGCCAGUUACCCAACAGUGGGACAGAUCAGCCCUCGAACACGAAAAUCCAUGAGUUUGGAUAUGGGGCAGCCUUCACAAGCGAACACUAAAAAGCUUCUAGGUACAAGGAAAAGUUUUGACCAUUUGAUAUCGGACACAAAGGCUCCUAAAAGGCAAGACAUGGAAUCUGGAAUCACAACGCCUCCCAAAAUGAGGAGAGUAGCCGAAAAUGAUUAUGAAAUGGAAACCCAAAGGAUAUCACCACAGCAACACUCCCAUCUUCGAAAAGUUUCUGUUUCUGAGUCAAACGUCCUCCUAGAUGAAGAAGUUCUGACUGACCCAAAGAUUCAAGCACUGCUGCUUACAGUUCUUGCAACGUUAGUGAAGUACACUACUGAUGAGUUUGACCAGCGGAUCCUAUAUGAGUAUCUAGCAGAAGCCAGCGUCGUCUUCCCAAAGGUCUUUCCUGUCGUGCAUAAUUUAUUGGACUCCAAGAUCAAUACCCUUUUAUCGCUGUGCCAGGAUCCAAACUUGUUGAAUCCAAUCCAUGGGAUCGUUCAGAGCGUUGUCUACCAUGAAGAGUCUCCACCCCAGUACCAAACUUCUUAUCUGCAGAGUUUUGGAUUUAAUGGGUUAUGGAGGUUUGCUGGCCCAUUUUCUAAGCAAACCCAAAUCCCAGACUAUGCCGAGCUCAUAGUGAAGUUUCUUGAUGCCUUGAUUGACACGUAUUUGCCUGGAAUUGAUGAGGAAGCCAGUGAGGAAUCUCUCCUGACACCCACAUCUCCGUAUCCUCCUGCAGUGCAGAGCCAGCUCAGCAUCACCGCUAACCUGAACCUCUCCAACUCCAUGACCUCGCUCGCCACUUCCCAGCACUCCCCAGGGAUCGACAAGGAGAACGUGGAGCUCUCGCCCACGGCCGGGCACUCCAACAGCGGGAGGAUGCGCCACGGCUCGGCCAGCCAGGUGCAGAAGCAGCGGAGCGCCGGCAGUUUCAAACGUCACAGCAUCAAAAAGAUCGUGUGA